AUGGGGGUUCAACAUACCCCUUUUGAUUGGCAUGAAGAACUUAAUUGGCUAAUCACAAAGUGUAAAGGAAAAGGCUGGAGGAAGUGCCUCCUUUGUAGUUCCAUAUCGGUGACUAUUUAUGAAGUUUGGAAGUAUCGUAACAACGUCGUCUUUGGAAAUACUGUGAAUACCAUUGAGAUUAGAGAUCUAGUAAUAUAUACCCUUGAAAAUAGAGGGUGGGUGAAUACUAGAAUGAGACAUCAUAUAGUUAACCUUCUUAUAGAUUAG